GGAAGCUCUUGUCAAGGAUGACUUAGUUUUCUCCUAAGAGGCCUUUCAGAUAUCUGAUGAAAUCGAUGUAUUAAUUUUCUUGUCUGUUUGUUUGUUUGUCUCUGGUUGGCUUUGAGGUGCUCCUGGUCAACCCACUUGGCAAUUUCCUACAACACGUGAUUAAGAUGCCAAUGGUGCCUGUCUGCGGGUGAGGCUCUAUAAAGAACCUAAUCGACGCACAUGUGCUAGGUGUCCAGGCAAUAAUGGGUCAAAACACUGUCGGACACACAUACUGCCUGCUGACGAGGCAUGAGCACCAAGCCCAACCAUUAGUUGAAAGUAAUUGUCCCUUCUCAACACCUCUAGAGAUAUACCACUUUGACUCAAGAAGUGUACUGAUGCAAAUAUGAGAAGAAAUAUCCAGGGAAGGAUUUUGAGUUUUGUUGAUAAUGUUUCUCUGCAAAUGUGUUUAUAAGUUUAUAUGCACAAUCCAAUCAAACUAACUGUCUGAAUUUAACUAUCAUGCAGCAUCAGUAUGGAACAAAAGCAAAUUGUGUCAAUUGUUUAUGUAAAGUUGCAAUGUUUCCAGUGGAGGAUUUGCCUAUCGCAUUGGUAUGUUGAAGACUAGCACUGCACAGGGGUAUGACAGAGUGUGGCCCCAUUCACAGAAAUAGUAGUAAACAAAAAAUCAAGUUUAAGUAAAUAAUACCUAUAUUAUAUACAUUCCAAUUAUCUCCAACCUCUUAGUUCAAGGUUAAAAAGACCUAUUUUCUAACCAAAAAUAACUCAAGGCAGCGGGUCAAAGUACAUUCAAACUAAACCAGACAUACUCAUGAUCUGAAUACAAGACUUGAUGUUAUUUAUUUAAACUAAAUGAACAACAAAUGUUGACUCGAUCUUUAUAAAAAAUUACCAACAAAAACAGCACAUAGAACAGGCUGGAGGUAUAAAAGUAUAUGUAAGCCUAAGAUGGCAGAUACAAAUAACAUUGUGAGGUGUCCAUAUCCUGAUGUCAGGAUACCUGAAAAUCAGUCAUUCUAUGGAAGAGUCUUCCAGAGAGUAAAGGAAUUUCCUACAAAGAUUGCUCUGGUUGAUGAGAUAUCUGGAACAUCUUUCACUUACAUAGAACUUGUAAAUGCAACAGAGUGUGUUGGAAGUGCACUAAUUAAACUUGGAUUCAAAAAGGGAGAUGUACUGUGUCUCUACAGCCCAAACAGUAUAGAAUGGGCCAUCACAUACUUUGCAGUUAUCGCCAUAGGAGGGAUUGCCACUACAGCAAAUCCAUUAUACACUACUGAUGAGAUUCAAUAUCAACUGAAAGAUGCAAAUGCAACAUAUAUUGCUACAUCUAUUGAACUUGUGUCUAAAGUCAAGCAGGCUGCAACAAAGUACACUAAACUCAAGAAAAUCAUUGUGUUUGGUGGCAAAACUUUGUUUGAUUGUACAAGCUUUAAUACUCUUAUGGGAGACAAAGGUGAUGCUUUCAAGUUGCCAACAAUAAAUGCAAAGGAAGACAUUGCUGCUCUUCCAUACUCAAGUGGCUCAACAGGGCUACCAAAGGGUGUAAUGCUGACCCAUUUCAACCUAGUUGCAAACAUACAACAACUUAAUGCUUCGCCCUAUUUUCUGAGUACUCAUAUAGGAGAUUGCCAUAUUGCAGUUUUGCCAUUCUUUCAUAUAUAUGGUCAAAUACUUAUCUUAGCUGGGGGAUUAUGUGAUGGUGCUACUGUUGUUACAAUGCCAAGAUUUGACCCUAAACAGUAUCUGAGUGCUAUACAAAAAUAUAAAGCAAUAAGACUGUUCAUCGUUCCUCCCAUGAUGUUAUUCCUAGCAAAGGACCCAAUAGUGGACAAGUAUGACCUCUCAAGUGUGAAGGACAUUAUUUGUGGAGCUGCUCCAUUGAGCAAAGAAUUACAAGUGGAUGUCAUGACCAGAUUAAAGUGCAACAUAUUACAAGGGUAUGGAAUGACAGAACUUUCUCCUGUGUCUCAUUUUUCUCCUACAAAAGAAUGGAGAAUUGAUGCAGUUGGCGUGUGCAUACCUAACACAAAAAGCAAAAUUAUAAACAUGGACACUGGUGUUGCACUUGGUCCACAUAUGGAUGGUGAGGUGUGUGUAAGAGGCCCACAAGUUAUGAAGGGAUAUCUGAACAAUUAUGAGGCAACUGCUAACACAAUUGACAAGGAUGGUUGGCUACAUACAGGUGAUAUAGGACAUUAUGAUCAUGAUGGAUAUUUCUUUGUGGUUGACAGACUCAAAGAAUUAAUCAAAUACAAAGGAUUUCAGGUUGCACCAGCAGAGCUAGAAGGUUUGUUGUUGACACAUCCAGAUAUUGCUGAUUCUGCAGUCAUAGGUGUUCCAGACAUUGUAGCUGGGGAACUGCCUAAAGCAUUUAUUGUAAAGAAACCAGGUGCAACUAUAACAGGAGCACAGAUUUGUCAAUUUGUUGAAGAAUUGGUUGCUCCACACAAAAAGCUAAGAGGUGGUGUAGAAUUCUGUCAAGAAAUACCAAAAUCACCAAGUGGGAAAAUUCUUCGAAGAGUCUUGAGACAAAUAAUUAAGGACAGGCUGAAAUCAAAACUAUAA